AUGAUCACAGGUGAUAGAGUCGGUGUCUUUCUCUCCAAGCCUCGCAGCAAUCAUUGCAACCACAUGCCUGCCUCGUCUCACCGAAUCACUUUCGUUGCCGGAUUUGUUCAACAGCUGAACAUGUGUCAUUGUCUUUCAGCUUUACACGACAGGGAGAAUUUUCACGAUCAUUGGACAAGAUGCCUCGUCGUAACGAAAACACCACUUUACUGCCGAAUGGCGCAAUUGAAACAACAUUCCAACUUGUUCUUCCAAACACCAUUGAUGCACCUCAAGCUGCUGAAAAGAGGCGAACAACGCGAAGAACUGGCCGAAAGACCACGCCGGCUGCAGGGACUGCCCCAACAACCGACACAUCACAAACUCGCGGUCGCCAAUGCCAGGCUGAACCACCCUCUUUACCAACUGAAGACCAGAAUCAACCGACACCCACUGGUACUACUAUUGGGGACCAUGAUGCUCAACUUCCAGCAAUUCCAGAAGCUAGUCCAGUGGUGUCAAUUGCCACUGAUCAUAUACAGCCAGGUGACUACAUUUGCGUUAUGA